AUUACUAUCGCUAAUAAUACUAUUACCUGAAACCACUGUCCUUUGAGCAGCAAUGUUAUAUCCAAAGCUCAUCAACAUAUCCUCAGUAUAACUUUAUUUCAUCACCCAGCUAUGGAUCUGGUACUGACAUGUGGAGCUAGGAUACUGCCAUGAACGGCCAGAAUGUAACUGCGGCGGCAAUUUCGAGCAGUCAGUUCUGCAAGCAAUCUGCAUGCCAAGUCAGCCGAUGCAUUGCCUAUAGAACACCUCCCCAUGGCAACACCAGUGUAGCAGUCUCGGUAGUCCGCAAAUGCACAGUCCUUGAUGAAUUAUGAAUGAAUC